AUCUAUAAUAUUGUGAAACAAUUGUAGGCAGUAAAAGAAAUUGUUCCACGAGACUACAACAAAAAAAAAAAUAUAGACAAUGAAACCCCUUUGGAAGUGUUUGUUAGAGAACACAAGGAGUUGCUAAAAGAAGCAGAAGAAUGGGUGAAAAAAACAGCAGAAUCUUCAACAGUCGUUGGUGCUCUUAUUAUUACAAUUAUGUUUGCAGUGGCUUUUACUGUUCCUGGUGGGAAUGAUAGCGGCACAGGUUUUCCCAUACUUUUGCACAAAACUCCGACACCGUUUAUGAUAUUUAUGGUAUCAGAUGCAAUUUCUCUUUUUGCUGCAUCCAGUUCAGUGAUAAUGUUUUUGGGGAUUCUGACUUCACAUCAUGCUGAUGAAGAUUACCGCAAAUCCUCCCUCUUGAUAAUCGGCCUCACUUCACUCUUCAUCUCUAUUGCAACAAUGACGAUAGCAUUUUGUGCUGCUCUUUUCAUUAUGCUACAAAGUGGAUUGGGGGUAGUCAUUCCUACAACUCUGCUUGCUGGUAUACCCAUCGCAUGCUUCGGGUGGUUGCAAUUUCCACUUUUGGUUGAGAUUUUAGGCUUGACCUUUAGCUCAAAGAUCUUUGGUAAGAAAGAAACGUCCUGGAUGAGCAGAAGGACGGCAGAUAUGGUCGCUCUGGGGCUGAGGGGCUUGAGGCCUUGAGGACAGCGGUCAAAAUUCUUGCAAUGUCUAGUGAUGCCAAUGAAUUGGUCACUUAAUUAAAUGAAUGUUGCUUUAAAUAAGUGAUUUCUUUUUUUUUUUUAAAUACAUGCAUGUUGCUUUGAAUAAAUGAUUGUAGUUAUAGAUAUCUAACUAUGCUUUCACUGUUGGUUAUAGUUGGUUGGUUACUGAAUAGACUUCUGUAUCUUCAGUUGUAAUAAACAUUUGGUGGAUAC